GCUGCUUCUGGCUCCCUUCAUAAGGACAAACCAUUGCCAAUACCUCCUACACUUCGCGAUCUCCCACCACCGCCCCCUCCAGACCGUCCAUAUUCUGUUGGAGCAGAAACCCGGCCUCAGAGACGCCCCCUGCCUUGUACACCAGGAGAUUGUCCAUCCAGGGACAAACUGCCCCCUGUCCCCUCUAGCCGUCUUGGGGACUCAUGGCUGUCCCGACCAAUCCCCAAAGUACCAGUAGCUACUCCAAGUCCUAGUGACCCCUGGACUGGAAGAGAAUUAACCAACCGGCACUCACUUCCAUUUUCAUUGCCCUCACAAGUAGAACCUAGAGCAGAUGUGUCUAGGCUUGGAAGCACAUUUAGUCUGGAUACUUCCAUGAACAUGAAUAGCAGUCCAUUAACAGGUCCAGAAUGUGAGCACUCCAAAAUCAAACCUUCCUCAUCUGCCAAUGCCAUUUAUUCUCUGGCUGCCAGACCUCUUCCUGUGCCAAAACCGCUACCAGGGGAGCAAGGUGAGAGCGAAGAGGAUACAGAGUAUAUGACUCCCUCCUCUAGACCUGUAGGGCUUCAGUCAGAGUUGAAACGGCCUUUGGAGAUAACACAGAGUUCACGAGCAUGUGAUUGUGACCAGCAGAUUGAUAGCUGUACAUAUGAAGCAAUGUAUAAUAUUCAGUCCCAGGCACCACCUGCCACCGAGAACAGCACCUUUGGUGAAGGGAAUUUGGCUGCAGCCCACACCAACACUGGCCCUGAGGAAUCAGAAAACGAGGAUGAUGGGUAUGAUGUUCCUAAGCCACCUGUGCCAGCUGUGCUGGCCCGCCGAACUCUGUCAGACAUCUCUAAUGCCAGCUCCUCCUUUGGCUGGUUAUCUCUGGAUGGUGAUCCCACAAACUUCACUGAGGGUUCCCAGGUUCCUGAGCGGCCCCCCAAACCAUUCCCUCGGAGAAUCAACUCUGAACGAAAAGCGAGUAGCUGUCAGCAAGGUGGUGGUGCCACUGCUACCCCUGCCACUGCCCCCUCGCCACAGCUCUCCAGUGAGAUUGAGAGCCUCAUGAGUCAGGGCUACUCCUACCAGGACAUUCAGAAAGCUUUGGUCAUUGCCCACAACAACAUUGAAAUGGCCAAAAACAUUCUCCGGGAAUUUGUUUCUAUUUCUUCUCCUGCCCACGUAGCCACCUAGCACAUCUCUCCCUGCUAUGGCUUCAGAGGACCCAUGAGCUAGGCUCUUACUCAAGGAGCACUUGGAGAGCAGAGGCUUCUUAGGGGACUUCACAGUGAGGUCCUGCUGUCCCUAUGGGUAUCAGACCCAUGGUUCCAAGAUUUCAAAGCAGUGGAAUGAGAAUGGAGCAGCUAGUAUUUUAUUAUUGUAUGAUCUUGAGAGUGCAUUUGCAGUGUCCUCCAGUCCCCACUUGGAGAGAGUGGGCUUUUAUUACAUAGCAGCCUACCUGGGGAGCAGUCCCACAAGCAGCAAAACCAGUAUUGUGCUGUAAACCCUCAUUGAGGACUGGAGACUUUCCUGGGUUAGGGAUGUGAUCCAUGUGUAUGUGUGUCUGUCUGUCUGUCUCUGUUUGUGGUUGUGUGUGUCCUAUGAUUAUAAGAUUAUCCUGCUGUGUGUGUUAAUCCCAGGCAGGGAAUUAGCACAAGAAGAUCAGGAAGGAAUAUUUAAAGACUUCCAUCUACUGUGGUAUUGCACCUAACCCUUGUGUACAUUACAACUUCUACACUCCCCUUUGGCUUAGAUUAUAAUGUGCAUAGCAAAAAUCUUAUUUUUAGAAACUCUCCCUCUGUCCUUUCCCCAUCAACUCCUUCUUCCUUGGUAUCUGUCAUUGGCGGUGGGCUUGUUGUGACCAGCCUUACUGAAACCCAGCAGCCUAUAGGAUGUUCUUUAUAAUGUGUGAUGGCGUUGGUUUGUUGGUAGAGAUAAGUGAGAGGGAAAGUACUGUUGCUCUAUCGCUACAGUCAUGUUUGAUACUAGCAGCUAACACUGGUCACUCCAAAGCGCUAUUUCUAUAAGAACAUUACAUUUAAGAUAUUUGAACUGUCCUAAUUACAUAAUGACUGAUUUAAGAUAGAGGCCUUCAAAUACAUUCCGUGUCCUCCACAGGAAAUAGCCUGUGGAAGUCUGUUGCCUUGAUACCAGGUGUGUGUUCUGGUUUAGGUCAUGAGUCUUUCUACUUAACAGGAAGGGAAGAACAUAGUUUCCAGGAUGACUUUCUGGCUUCAAUACCAUGAAGUUUUUAGGACACUUCAUUGAUAUUCUAUCUAAAUUCACAAAAUAGACAGUAAAGAUCUGUUGGUUUUUCUUCUUGUGAAUUAAUUUUAGUUUAUAUGGUAUCCCUUUUUGGAAGUGAGCCAGGUUAGAUUUUUCAGAAGUGGUUUUUCUUUGUCCUUUAAGGAAAUGGGAAUGCCACCAUGGUAGUAAAAUAUUUUGCUGAUAAUUAACACCUUUCCUACGUUGGUGCCACUCAGUGACUUCAUUUUCUUUUGUGCCUCAAGCUUUGCAAAUGGAAUAUCUCUUUCCUCCCUUCCUUCCCUUUUCUUAGGUCCCAUAUAUGAUUACUGUGCUCUGCACAGUAAUUAUUGAAAUGGAUUACUCUAGUAAAAAACAGUAUGGGAAAAGGCCAGCAAUUUGUAUAAUUGGAAGUUCAUAAAGAAGAUUCAGUGUCCAGUUUGGAUACCUGCUUGUCAGUUUCUAUAGCUUUUGCUAAGUUAUCCCUUGGGUUCAGUCAGUUAUCUGGCUAGAGUCUCCUGCUGACUUCACUAGCAGCAUGUACCUUUCUCCUUUUCAGAAGCAAGCUGGCUCACCCAUAAAUCUGCCUUUCUCAGGAUCUAAGUCAUGCUUUUGUCUUUAGGUCCAGAUAGAAAUGAUCCUCCUUAAAUCAGCUUUCUGUCCAGUCUUGGCAUCUUUGGAAUUAAAACCUUCUCUUACUCUUCUCUUGGCAUCUAGCUACUCCAAGAUCUUUGGGGUUUAUCCUCUUGCCUUAGAGCUAUUUAUAUUUCCAAAGCAGACAGUAGAGAAACUUGUGUUGAUGUACCAUGGUUACCCAGUGUCUCCUCUGCAUGGCAGGAAACAGCAUAGCCCACAGCAGGUGCAAAAGGUCCUGUGUUUGGGGUAUAGGAAGGCAGGGGAGAGUGUUAGUGUAUAGAAACAGUAUCCUACCAUCUACUUCAAAACUGGUAACACUCAGUUUUGCAUGUUGUUUAAAUAUUGAAGACCUAGACAAAGAACUAGGAAAAAAUGGCAGUUUCCAGGCCUAUCUGUGUUGUAAUUUUUCUUUCUUGGAAGAUACUACCCAUCUAUUAGAAAACAAAGCACUGGCUAUAUAUCAUUUGAUUUUUCACUGUAUCCAAAUCUUCCAUCGAGAUUAUUAUUGCCCAUUGUAUCUAAGCUAAAGGCAGUUUCAUCUUUUCCUUUCCUGAGCACCUGCGUGACUCUUUGAGUCAGCCCUGAACCUGGGGGUCUGAGUCCCUGUGUUGAUUGUAAAUCAUUGAUUGACUUGGGUGUUAACUUGUCUGGUGUCUGAGGGCAUUUAAGGUUUGGGACCAUUGCUUGAGGAUGCACUGAGGGUGUGCCUACACCCAUGCCAGAGAUUGCCAGGAAGCCUUAGGAAGAUUUCAUGCAGUUCUUAUUUUGAGGAUAAGCUCAAAAUUUGAAUUUGUUAGCAUUUUCCUUUGACUGAGGCACCAAUCACCAAGUCUUCAUCCUCCAUUUUCAUGACAAUUUUUAGUUCUUUGGUUCUUCUUCUAAAUUUAACUAAAUUGCCCUUUUAUAAGCAGGAUUUAUUUUGAGGUUCCCCCCCCUCACUUUAUUUUUCUUUUUGCUAAACCAAUGCCUUUUCCCCCUC